AAUACACUUUCCAUUUGCAAUUAGGAUUUUCGCUCUCCCCCUCCAAUUUUUUACUAUUUUAUUUUAUUUUUCAUUUGUAUAUUCUUUAAUCUUUUUUGCUCUCUCCAAUCUCAAAAUAAGAGUCAUAAUAAAAUAAAAAAACGGAAAAAAGAAGAAGAAGAAUAAGAAUAAGAAGAGGUAGAUUCGAUCUCUUGACCCUCAAUCCUCUGCAGAUUUCUUGGAUACAAGGCGGACUUAGUUUGAGAUUGAGCCACAAAUCUUCGUCACAAACAGAAGCUUGCAUCUUUCUUCUCUUAGUCACAGAAAUGGUUGGUAAUAUCAUCUUGAUGAUACCACUAGAUUCAUACAACAUUUCAUGCUGAAGAAGGGGGAGAUGCUACCAAAUUGGAAGAAACCCCACAUCAACUUAGUUUUUACCUUCUCUAUAUACACUUCAUUAAUGUUUUAUGGGACAUCUUUGAGUAAAGGGGGAUGUUAAUGGUGCGCUACAAGACGAAACCAUGGAGCACAUUUCAGAGAAAAGGUAUCCUGUAAGUGCAAAAGAUUACAAGUUAUGUGAAGAAGUUGGUGAAGGUGGCAGUGCCACUGUUUAUAAGGCUCUUUGCAUCCCACUUAAUGAGACAGUUGCUAUUAAGGUUCUUGACCUGGAAAGGUGCAACAAUGACCUGGAUGACAUGCGACGAGAGGAACAGACAAUGAGCUUGAUCGAUCAUCCAAAUGUAUUACAAGCGCAUUGUUCUUUCACCACAGGCCACAGCCUUUGGGUUGUGAUGCCGUACAUGGGUGGGGGAUCCUGCCUUCAUAUAAUGAAAUCUGCUUAUCCAGAGGGUUUUGAAGAGCCUAUUAUUGCCACACUAUUGCAUGAGACUCUCAAAGCUCUUGUUUAUCUUCAUGCUCAUGGUCAAAUCCAUAGAGACGUUAAGGCUGGCAACAUCUUAAUUGAUUCUAAUGGUGCAGUUAAGUUAGCAGACUCCAGAGUGUCAGCAUGCAUGUUUGAUACAGGAGAUAGGCAGCGUUCCAGAAAUACCUUUGUUGGAACUUCAUGCUGGAUGGCUCCAGAAGUUAUGCAGCAAUUACAUGGAUAUGACUUUAAAGCAGACAUCUGGUCAUUUGGAAUAACUGCUCUUGAACUUGCUCACGGCCAUGCUUCUUUCUCCAAUAAAUCACCAAUGAAAGUUUUGCUGAUGACUUUACAAAGUGCGCCUCCAGGACUUGAUUAUGAAAGAGACAUGAGAUUUUCUAAGUCAUUCAAAGAGAUGGUGGCUGCUUGCUUAGUGAAGGAUCCAAAGAAACGUCCCACCUCAGAAAAGCUUUUGAAACAUCAUUUCUUUAAACAUGCACAGUUAAAUGAAUAUGUUGCUCGUACCAUUCUUGAUGGACUUGAUCCUCUGGAAGAGCGUUUUAGGGUGCUGAAGGCAAAAGAGGCUAAUCUUCUUGUUCAGAAAAAGGCUCUGUAUGAAGAUAAAGAGCAAUUAUCACAGCAAGAGUACAUAAAAGGAAUCAGUGCCUGGAAUUUCAACCUUGAGGAUUUGAAAAGUCAGGCUGCUCUUAUUCAGGAUUUUGAUGGCAUAUCAAAUGCAGAAGAUCCAGAUAUGGGCAUGAAGCAGAGGCACAGGCACAAUAAUGUUGAGCUUACAGCUGAGAGGCUGUCCCAUGAAAGGGCUAACCAUUCAACUGCUGCUCCUAGUCAUGAGGAUGGGUUCAGUGAUCUUCAUGAUUUGGAGAGUUCACUUCCUUCAUUUGCAAUUAAACCUCUUCAAGCACUUAAAGGCUGUUUUGAUGUGGGAGAUGAUGAUGUGGAUGGAAGUAGUCCAAGUUGGAAAGGUACUGCCCAAACAGAUUCUGAACAACAGGUUCUUACAAAGUUGUCGGCAAAUGUUGUAAACCAAGACGGUGAAGCAAAUGAAGGUGGUAAUUCUGGGAGAAGCAGUUCUUUACCACGUAAUGUUGUUAUGGAGAAUAAAAAAUGUUUUAGUGGACCAUUAAUGCCAGAUGAUAACAUUUCUUCUAAAAAGAUUGUUGGAGAUGAGAACAGGGAUUUUGUACAGCCAAAGCAUCAAUCAGAGCGAAAUUAUAGUGGUCCAUUGUUAUAUCGACAGAGAAGAGAAACCAAUAACCUUUCUUCUGGUUCGUUCUGUUGGCGUGAUGUGGCAUCUGACGUAGCAAGUCCGUUAGAUAUGUUUGUUGAAUCUGUUCAUGCAGCGGAGGAUUUGUCAGAAGGAGCAGUUGUCCAACGUAAAGGACGCUUCAAGGUCACUUCAGCAGAUCUCAACCCAAAGGGUCCUACAAACUGUUAUUUCAAUUCCGUUUGUGGAGGUUCAAGUAGUCCAUCAACAUCAAGCCUUACAGCCGCCUCAGUUCUCCCAUCACUGCAAUGCAUUUUGCAGCAGAACAUCAUGCAAAGGGAAGAAAUUCUUAAAUUGAUCAAAUAUGUAGAACAAAGCUCUGACAAGCAAAUGGAGUCAACUGAAGCAGCCACAAAUGACCUUUUGCAGAUAUUACCUGCUUCUGCUAGGGAGAGGGAGCUGCAGGCUCAGUUGAUUAAUCUACAACAAAGUGCUGGAAACCUCGUUGAGGAAUUGCAGAGACAGAAGAUGAAAAACACACAGUUAGAAAGAAGGCUGAAUGCUUUGGUCUAUAAGUGAAGAAAAUGAGGCUUAUGAUGAUGAUGAUGUCUUCAGCAGCUUUGAUUAUUCUUCAGUAGCGCUGAUGUCCAUAUGCCAAGCCCAUAGAGGGAUUAAGGCAUCUUAUGAUUCGCAUUUCUAGCGUAUCAUGUGUGAACGUUUGUUGAAGGCAGAACUCAAAUUUUGAGAUGCCAUUCGUUGGGUCUCACAUCAUGUGUGACAUGAUGUAAUUUAUGACGCAUUGUAAUUAUAAUACAGUUUGGAUCUCUCUCUCUCUCUCAUGCACACACACAUGCGCUUGUGCUCUCUAGCACUAUAGCAUGGGGUGCCUUCGAGUACCUGUAUUCAUGUAGCCAAAGCGUGCAAAGAAGGCAAGACCCAUUUUUUUUACUUGUGUAAUUAUGUGAUUAUAUACCAUGAAAAAAUAAAAAGUAAUAGGUGUUAUAUUUACCAGCUCAA